GAGAAAGCCAUAGCCAUGUGAAGGGCACCGGCUGCCCAGGGCGAACUGAACCCAUCCAAAUCUCUGCUCCCAGUCCCAGGAGGAAGGGGCGGACACAGAAAGAUCUCCCAGUCUGCGGGAACCACCGGGCACGGUACGGUUCCGCGCUAGCCCGGGGCACGGGGAUCCUCGCGGCCCGUCCGCGCCAUCCGCCGAGCUAUCCAUCCUGCGGGAGGGGUGGGUCUUGAUUCAGCCAGGUGAUUGUUCAAGAACAUCAACGAAGCGACGGGACAGUAAAUCUGUCAGAUUUCUUAUACUCCCACUGCAUAAUCUACUUGUUGUGGUGGAAAUCCACAACGUGGUUACCUAGUUGAUGACGUUCUUUCUUCAGAGGAUGCCAGAUGUAUGAACCAAAGCCAUUUUCGAGCACUGGAUCAGCGCACAGCAAUCCGGUUUCUCACGAUCAACAAAUCGGACCAACUGCCAACAAUGCAGCAUCUAAUAUUGGUGGAAAUGGCUCAAACAACAGCUUUGCCACCAGACAGCGUUUACGGUGGACAGAUGAGCUUCAUGGACGUUUUCUUGAGGCUGUAGCACAGCUUGGUGGACCCGACAGGGCUACUCCUAAGGGAAUUCUUAGAACAAUGGGUGUUCAAGGGUUGACCAUUUAUCAUGUCAAAAGUCAUCUCCAGAAAUAUCGGCUUGCAAAAUACAUCCCAGACCCCACAGCUAGCGGUGACAAGCCAGAGAAGAAAGAUCUAGGAAAUCUGCUUGCAGGAAUGGAAAACUCCCCGGGAAUGGAGACAAGCGAGGUUCUAAAGUUGCAGGUGGAGGUACAGAAGCGGCUACGUGAACAAUUAGAGGUACAAAGGCAGCUACAGCUCAGAAUAGAAGCCCAAGGCAAGUAUCUCCAGAAGAUCAUGGAGGAGCAGCAGCGCCUGAGCGGUGUGCUGUGCGAAUCAGGUAAACCGAACGCGCUCGCCCUGGCUGAGGAGGAGCUCCACCAUGAUUUCAGCAAGACUGAGCCAUCGACCCCAGUGUUGACCUCGGAGCCCUCAUUCCGGGACAAGGACGUUACUGCAAGUGGUGAUCUGGAAGGAACAGACGAGCUGCUCAAGGUUCUUUCUUCACAUGAUGACUGCCUCUCCUUGGACCAUGAGCUUUCGACCCCGGAUUCCAGUUGUGUUGCCGGUUACCUCCUAAACAGCCCCAGAGAUAGCAAGAGGGCUUGCAUCAGCAACAGCCUUGGCCACGGAAACAGCGAGUUCACACUUCCUCACAUCAUUCCGGAGUCGAGCUUGGUGUUCUCAUCCGGCACAGGGCGAUCUGGUUCAUCGGCGGCUCUGGAUGCCAGUGAAGAUGGUUUUACCAAUGGCUCAGGCAGUGAUGUUUGAUUAGGAUUCACUAGUUGUAUCCAUCAGUCAGUAGAGUUAUUGGUCUUAGAAGAGAGUUGAUGAUGUGGACCAUGUCUUCGAUGUGUGUUGUAUUGCAUCACUUGUGUUUAUUCAGUCAGAGGUUCCAUAAUAUUCUAACAGAUUGUAAUGUAACGAUCUAGAGCUUCAUCACGGUGAAAUUGCUGUUAUUGGGCUUCA